AUGUCUACGUCUUAUCACCCCAUUUCUCCCAUCUUGACCACAUCUGGCGGCUUUGCUCAAAAUAUCAGCGCGUUAUCCUUUGACCCAGUUUCGGAUAUCUUGUGGGCCGGUUCGGACUCUGGGACUGUCACGGCUUACAUUGGCACCAGAGGCGUACGAGGGCCAUCUUUUCCAGUGGGCGGCAAUUUGCCGACAAAGAAGAUUCUGGCUGGAGAUAAUUAUGUUCAUGCAGUCGGGAAUUCUAACGAAGGGUUGGGCUCGUGGACAAAAGGCGGUGUAAAUAAGUGGUUCUUUCGGCAUUCUUCCGACAUUGUGACAUUUUCCAAUACUCCACCGGCAUCUACCGUCAUGGCAGCCUCACUUCUAUCGUUGGGAAUGAUAUUUCUAAGUCCAAUGACUGGUACUAUCGUUCGUCAAGUACAAACUGCGUCCGUCCUCACACAACUAGAAUUAUCUCAUUCAAUUCUACUCUCUGGAUCCUCGGAUGGCUACCUGCGAGUCCACGACCCUCGGACAGGCAUGGGAAGAGGAGGAAGGGCUGAAAAUAUCGUUAAGGCUCAUGCCAGGUCGGUACAAGGUCUUCAGAGCACCGGGAACUUCGUAUUUACCAUCGGGAUGGGGGAAAGACAAUCGCGUCCAUUUCCUGAUCCACUCGUGAAAGUGUACGAUUUGCGGUCGAUGAGGUCACUUCCACCAGUACCGUUCCCCGCCGUCCCUAGCUUCAUACACAGUUUACCAAACCGGACUUCUAGUUUGAUGAUUGCUUCUAAUCAGGGGCUUAUCAAUAUUGUUGAUAUCUCCAAUCCUUCUGCCUCCAACGAAUUCUAUCAGCUGGACGUAACUUCGUGUAUUACGUCGACCUCAAUCUCACCAAACGCGACCUACAUGGCAUUUGGUGAUGCGGAAGGGACCAUUCAUCUCUUGUCGCAAGCGGAAACCGACGCGCCAUUCAAUGGGUUUGAUGGGCAGCCAAUUCCAUGGGCUGAUACGCCUGCUCCAUUGCCCGAUAUAGGGUGGACUGAGGCAACUCCAUUGAAUAUAGUGGGUAUGCCCUAUUUCGACACACAGUUGUUGUCUGCCUGGCCAACAAAGCUUAGUUCGAGAACCAUCCAUUACCCACCACCAGCACGCAUCCCUCCACAAGUAUUGGCCUCGAUGAAAUUCAAUGACGAUAUCGCAUAUGCCACUUUACCAAAAGAACUCAGGGGUCGCCGUAACAUAGUGGCUCCCACACCACGGAAGGGCGUCGCUCGUUUCAGGAGCGAGAAAGCAGGCGAGCCUGAACCUGAUAGUGCGACUCUUGAUCAUUCCGGAGAGGCUCCCCGGAUGUACCGUCGCGUCGAAAUUGAAUACUCGAAGUUCGGGGUGGAAGAUUUCGACUUCGGGUUUUAUAACAAGACAGAGUACAGCGGGCUGGAGACCCACAUUCUCAACUCGUACACGAACUCUAUGGUCCAGGUCAUGCACUACGUUCUACCCAUCCGCCACCUAGCCAAGUCUCACAUCACGAUCGAUUGCACUUUGGAGCAUUGCCUUUUUUGCGAAUUGGGCUUUAUUUCGAGGAUGCUUGAAGAUGCACGCGGAACCAAUUGUCAGGCAAGUAAUUUUUGCAAAACUGUUGGUGUCUUGGCACAAGGGAUUCACGCCAUUGAAAUCAUCGACUACGGUCGAGAGAGUGCAGAAACGGAUUAUGCUCAGAAGAUGCAGACAUUUCAUCGUUUCCUCAUCGAUCAUUUAACUACGGAACGGAGCUGGCCGUCAGACAGUCCUCUGAUACUGAAAAGCUUGCACUUGCCGCCGAAUGUUCCACCCCCUCCUCCCAUAACACAACUGCUAGGGAUCACCGGGAAAAGUGUCGUAACAUGUACAAACUGCAGAAGGGUGAGAGAGAAAACAACCCUAUCACAUGUUGUUGACAUGAUUUAUCCCUCAAAACCUACAGGAGCAGAAGCCACUUCACUUGACUUCGCGAGCAUAUUGAGAAGCUCGCUCUUCCGGGAAAUCACCCACAGAGCGAAUUGUCAAAUAUGCAAACAUUUCUCCACUCUCAUAUCUCGUCGGGCGAUUUCGUCCCAACAAUUACCUCCCAUUUUGGCUGUGAAUGCCUCCGUCUACAGCGACGAGAGCUUCAGCUUCUGGCAAGACUGGCGAACGUCUACGUUUCUCCAGCCUCGAAUUUCUCUUCGUGGUGAAUUAGAUGGUGCUGAUGAUCCAGAGGAAAUUGCCUAUGAUGUCAGGGCCCUCGUAAUCAAGAUUACCGGAAAGGAUCGAAAAUCUCAUCUGGUCGCCAUAAUCAAAGUUCCAGGGGCAGACCGCGACGAUGGAUCCAGCUCUUGGUUUCUAUUCAAUGACUUCGUUGUUACCAAUAUAUCCCAAGCAGAGGCUUUGGGUUUUCCGGAUAGGUGGAAGGUUCCGGCUGUCAUCUACCUAGAGCGACCUGACAUGCAUGGCAUGCUGGAUUUUAGUGGUCUGCUAUCUGAUCUAGAUCAAUCAAUUCUCAGUAGAGACACUUCCAUCUCAUCAAAUCGUGACACUGCCCUCAUCAAGCAUAGACUACUGAACCUUGAUGAAUUACCGAAACCUGGAUCCCUCGUUGCUAUCGAUGCAGAGUUUGUUUCCAUGCAGCAGGAAGAGACGGAAUUCCGUUCGGACGGGACAAAAAAGGUCUUAAGACCAGCGAGGCUCAGCCUGGCGCGUGUAUCCGUUUUGCGUGGCGCAGGCCCUCGCGCAGGGGUGCCUUUCAUCGACGACCACAUCCACACCAGCGAGAUUAUUGUUGAUUAUCUAACAGAGUUCUCUGGAAUUAAAUUUGGCGACUUGGAUCCCUCUCUAUCUCUGUAUACCUUGACCCCUCUGAAGCUGGUAUACAAGAAGCUACGCUGCCUGGUUGACAGUGGCUGUAUCUUCAUCGGGCAUGGCUUAUCCAAAGACUUUCGCAUCAUCAAUAUAUUUGUUCCACCCGACCAAGUCAUCGAUACGGUCGACCUAUAUUUCGUAAAAGCUCGUCAGCGUCGCUUGUCGCUUAGAUUCCUCUCUUGGUACAUCUUGGGGGAACAUAUCCAGACAGACACCCAUGAUUCAAUAGAGGACGCUCGCUCGGCGCUUCGACUUUACGAUGCGUAUAACGAAUUCGAAACCGAGGGCAUAUUUGACCAAAAGUUAGAAGAAAUAUACAAAGAAGGGCGACAAUAUGGCUUCAAACCUCCUACACUGCCUAGUGAAUCCACUGAUCCUCCAGAAGCACUUCCAGUGUCAACCUAUCCUUUCACUCAGGCGACCCGUCCGAAUCCUCCCAGGUUCCAAAACCGACAUUGA